AUGAAAGGUGCAGUGGAAAAAGUGAGAGAGAUAUGGAGAGAAGGGAGGAGAGUAGGAAAAGAAGACCCAAGAAGAAUAGUUCAUGCUUUCAAAGUGGGACUUGCUCUAGCUUUUGUCUCUUCCUUCUACUAUUAUCAACCUCUCUACGAUAACUUUGGUGUCAAUGCAAUGUGGGCUGUCAUGACCGUCGUUGUCAUCUUUGAAUUUUCUGUAGGUGCAACACUUGGGAAAGGAAUAAAUAGAGCAGUGGCAACAUUAGUAGCUGGAGGACUAGGAGUUGGAGCUCAUCACCUAGCAAGUUUGUCUGGUCCAACAAUAGAACCUAUUCUACUCGCCAUCUUUGUCUUUGUGCAAGCUGCGUUAUCGACGUUCGUGAGGUUCUUCCCACGGGUGAAGGCGAGAUACGAUUAUGGGAUAUUGAUAUUCAUAUUGACGUUCUCACUGAUAUCAGUGUCGGGGUUUAGAGAGGACGAGAUAUUAGAGUUGGCGCAUAAGAGAUUGUCGACAGUGAUAAUGGGAGGAGUCAGUUGCGUCCUUAUCUCUAUCUUUAUCUGCCCUGUCUGGGCUGGACAAGACCUUCACUCUCUUCUUGUCUCCAAUUUUGACACUCUCUCGUACUUCCUUCAAGAGUUUGGGCAUGAAUAUUUUGAAGAAGCGACACAUGAUGGGGACGUCAAGGAGGUGGAGAAGAGGAGAAAGAAUCUUGAAAAAUAUAAAAGUGUCCUCAACUCAAAAAGCAAUGAAGAAGCUUUGGCUAAUUUUGCAAAAUGGGAACCGCGUCACGGCAAGUUUAGAUUUAGGCAUCCAUGGAAACAAUACCUUGCCGUGGCUGCAUUACUCCGGCAGUGUGCCUACCGGAUUGAUGCGUUGAAUUCAUACAUCAACUCAGAUUUUCAGAUCCCAAUGGAUAUUAAAAAGAAAUUAGAAGAACCAUUACGAAGAAUGAGCUCGGAGUCAGGAAAAUCAAUGAAAGAAAUGUCCAUUUCAUUAAAGAAAAUGAGAAAAUCAUCAUCUUCUGAUAUUCAUGUCUUAAACUCACAAUCUGCAUGCAAAGAUCUUUCUACUUUACUCAAAUCAGGCAUCUUGAACGAUGUUGAGCCUCUACAAAUGAUCGCGUUAACUACCACUGUCUCUCUGCUCAUAGAUGUUGUUAACUUAACCGAAAAGAUAUCAGAAUCCGUACAUGAACUUGCUUCCGCUGCAAGAUUCAAGAACAAGAAGAAGUCGACCGUAUCAUCCGAGAAGUCCGAUAAUGAUGACCAUAUUGUCACAAUCUUAUGUGAUGCUGAUAAAUCAAACACUGUCACAAACAAGAGUUCAGUGGACUCUUCUCACCAUGUCACCAUAAUGAUUGAUGAUGAGGAUGAUUCAGUCCAUGGAGGUGGUGAAAUACAUGUACAUCCGAGUUGUGUAUCAUGUGGUCAGACUAAUCGUGAUAGUUAUGUUUUAGAUAGUGGUAAUAAGAGCAUUAGUAAUAACUAA